UGGAGCUCACGUGUCCUCAUGGAUGACCGCACGAGGCGUUACCUCAACGCAACAACAACACAACUUCCGGCCGAGCCUCACGGACGAGAAACAGAAACAGCGUCCUCUUUCCAGAGAUCCUUAGCUUUAGUUCUGAACAGGGCAGUUGUAAUAGAACAAUAAAGAUUAGUGUCACGGCACGUCUAAACAGCGUCUGUUUUCUUAACUGUGGAUAAAUCAUUGCACUGCGGAUUCUGUCUUCCAGAAGGGUGAGUAUGAGCGAGGGCGAGGUGUUUCAUGAGAAACAGAGACUGGAGCUGUGCGCCAUCCAUGCCUUGAACAACGUGCUUCAAGAGAGAGUUUUUACCAAAGAGACAGCAGAUGAUAUCUGCAAGCGACUUGCCCCACAAUGUGUGAUGAACCCACACCGCUCAGUGCUGGGCACGGGAAACUAUGAUGUCAAUGUCAUCAUGGCAGCUCUGCAGAGUCGGGGGCUCGCUGCUGUUUGGUGGGACAAACGCAGGUCAGUACAGAAUUUGUGCCUGGACAAAAUUCAGGGCUUCAUUUUGAAUGUCCCGUCAAGGGUAUCACUGGGAAUUGUGUCUCUCCCACUGAGACGCAGACACUGGCUGGCGGUACGGGAAGUCAACGGACAGUUUUAUAACUUAGACUCGAAAUUAAAAGGGCCUGCCUGUAUUGGCAGAGAAACAGAACUCCGGUCAUUUCUCACUGAGCAGCUUUCUCAGGAUAUUGCAGAAAUGCUCCUUGUCGUCCAAAAGGAAGUAGACGACGAUGGGACGUGGCUGAAACCAGAAGACACCAGGAAGUGAUGAAACAGAACAUUCUCUCUCUCUCUCUCUCUCUCUCUCUCUCUCUCUCUCUCUCUCUCUCUCUCUCUCUCUCAAUGUGGAGUAAUGGCAGAGAAAAAGAGAAAUACUGGAGCGCCGAAAAGCUUAAUGGAGAGCAGCACUACAGGAAGAUGCUCACAUUCAUCCACAGACACUCACACAUGAAGGGAAGUCCUAGAGAAUGAUCUAGUGUUGCUUCAUAUGAAGGAGCCGUUUAUCUGAAGUCACACGGGAUGUGCUUGUGGGAGACACUACUAUAGCUGUGCUAGCCACGUCACUCUCCUCUUUCUCUCUUUCUCUCCUCUCAGGAACUACUGUCUCUCACUUUAUCUCUAUCUAUGCACUCCACUGCUGAAGUAGAUCAAAGAUUUGUGUGUCUUUGUAACAACUAUGCACAGAAAUGGUACUUUAGAAUUCAAGUGUGUAUUGUUUAUUGCCUUUUAGACAUUAGUGUACAUCUUACUAUGCAUAAACAAAGGAGAUAAGAGAUUGUAGCUCUAUCUCAUGGUCACGUCUUUUACUCUUUCAAGCUGUCUUGCAAACUGCCUCAUUUACAUCGACUCCACCGAAUGGAGGGAAACUGAAUAAAUUUGAUUUGUGUUAUUUA